CCCCGCCCAAGAUGGCGGACCUCCACCGCCAACUGCAGGAGUAUCUGGCGCAGGGGAAAGCGGGCGGGCAGGCGGCCGCGGAGCCGCUGCUCGCCGCGGGAGAGGCGGAGGAGCCCACGGCCGGGGCCGGGCCGGCGGGGGCGUGGCUCGGCCGCGCGGGCCUGCGCUGGACAUGGGCGCGGAGCUCCGUGGAGCCGGCGACGGCGGCGGGACCGACGUGCAUGCCGAGCGUGACGCGCUUUCAGCGGCUGGCGGCGAGCGGCGUGUGCCUGCUGCUGGCCGCGCUCUGCUUCGGCCUGGCCGCACUCUACGCGCCCGUGUUGCUGCUGCGCGCCCGCAAGUUCGCGCUGCUGUGGUCGCUGGGCUCAGCGCUGGCGCUAGCGGGCGGCACGCUCCUGCGAGGCGGUGCGGCGUGCGGACGCCUGCUGCGCGGCGAGGAGGCGCCGUCGCGGCCCGCGCUGCUCUACGUGGCCGCGCUGGGCGCUACGCUGUACGCGGCGCUGGGUCUGCGCAGCACGUUGCUCACGGCGCUGGGCGCCUGCGCGCAGGUGGCCGCGCUGCUCGCCGUGCUGUUGGGCCUGCUUCCCCGCGGCGCGGGCACCGCGCUGCGCAUGACGCUCGGGCGCCUGGGCCCGGGCGCCACCCUCGCCAAGGCGCUCCCCGUGUGAGAGGCCCGGGGCCCGCGCCGUCGGAAAGGACGCAGAGGCCGCCCCCGGGACGCGCCGUCGGGAAACCACACGCAGCCGGCCCAGGGGCCCUUCGCUCGCCAUGCCAAGGACUGCGCCCGCCGUUCCCAGAGCGCGCGGGGCAAAGGCUGCUCCUUUACUGUGCCAGCGAAAUCUGUAAACUGAGCAGCUGUUGGAAAACUGAGACAUGAGCUGUUUCGGAAGCUCCUCAAGUUCAGCGUUUUGUGCUAUACUCGGCAGCAAGUGCUAUGAGAACUAAAUUUUGUCCUUGAGUUGGUGACAUACUGUGAAGCAUUUAUGAUAAACUGCUUUUGCGUUAACCGUGGUCUUAGAUUACACUCAGCUGAAAAAGAAAAAGAACACUAGCUCUUCCGUUUUAAUUAACUGCCCUUAUUACUUUUCUCAGACUUCUGUUCCACGUUUUGUCACUUUAAAAAAUCCAGUGGUAGACUGUAGUAGCUUAGCUACAGUAAACUUGUUCUCUUCGGUUCUUGGAAAUUAUUUUUCCGUAUUCUUCAAUGUGAGUGGAUCCAUAAGAGUUAUCAAAAUAAAUACUGACUUUAGCCACCGGAAUUUUUAAAAGUACUUUAGUUAAGACGGUUUAUCUCAGUUUUCUCUACUUUUAGUGGAGUUGUAAACAUGGUGCCUUAUAAAAUUAAAGGAAAAUUGGUUCUGUAUUAGAUGAGGAAAGCGAUGGACCAAGAAGCAUCCAGUAAGAAGUACCCAGUAAGGUGCAUGUAAAUGCUGUGAGAGGUCCGUGGGCACAACUGAGCUAGGGGGCUCCUGGGAGACAGAUGAUUCUACGUGCGGUUUCCCUAUUUGAUGGAAACCAUGGAUUUCUACAAGGCCGAAUUUUUCAUUCCUAAUUUUAUGAUCUGCUUUUUAACUAUAAUUUACACUUUACAGUCUGAUCUUCAUGCAAUGUAAGGUGCUUUUCAUACCGUAAUUGCCAAAUUUCCUUCAUUUUAGGUUUAGCACUUAACUUUUGUUUGGGACCUUAUCAUUUACCUUAAUUUAUUGCCAGAAAGUAUGGGCUCAAUAUUCUGAUGAGUCCAGAAAACUACAUGUUUUGUCACUAGCUGUAUAUUAACUAGGAAGUAAACUAUUUAAAAUGUUUAAAUCCUAUGCCAGUGGUUCUCCGUUCACAUGAGAAUUACUUGAGGACUCAAACCUCAGAUCAACUCAGUCUGUCUCUGCGGGGGUGGGGGUGGGAGCCAGGCAUCAGCAUUUUUUCUGAGCUCUCCAGAUGAUUCCUUUUCCAGCUAAGGUUGUGAACCACUUUUCUGUAUGUUGGAUUGCACGAUUUGAAAAUAACUGUCUCCUGGGGCUGGAUUCCAGUGUUGCCGAAACUGGCUGUCAGGCAGCAGUAGAGCCUUGCCCCUUCGUCCAACCUCAAAUUUUAGAUUUUUAUCAGUGUCCUAAGCCCUGCUCCAAGAAGUGGACACUAAAGUGACCAACAUCCACACUGUAGACUUACCCCAACCCCCCAUAUUCUCUAAGAAUGCUGCCUUGUUCCCCUCUCAGUAAAUAGGGUUACCUACCUCUAGAGGAACAACCAAGGGGGUGUUUGUAAAAGCAAAUCCACUGUUUUCGGGGAGUGAUUUAUUUUUUUGACUGGAAAACUUGUACCAUUGGCUGCUCUUUCUACCCCCCUGUUAAAUCUGCAUUCUAGUUCCAAAUUUCUCUACAGUUUUCAUGGCUGAAGAUUUCACAGUGUUGACUUUUAUGUUCAUGCUACUGUAUUUUUAAAAAUUGUUUUCCCAACAUUUUUUCAAGAAUUCACUGUUUGGAAAUCUAAGCCUUUAUAAAAUUCAAAGCACAACAUCUUGUAUGUAUUUUGACAGUGAUACUUUAAAAUGCAUCACUUACUAAGUAAUGCAUUGAGUUUUCAGUUUUCUCUAAAUGAAUUCAUCCUCAAAAUGUGAUCUGGUUAUCUGCUUACUGAGGUACUGUGUUUUUCAAGUUAAAGCCUUGGAAUGUUAUGAUAAAGUUCUUACCACAUAAAUCUCAGAAAAAAGGAGCCUAAAUCUCUGUAUGGGUU